AUGGCAGGAGGGCUCUUCUCCAUGGAGCACCCAUGGGCCUCUGCUUUUGGCAUUCUAGGCAACAUCAUCUCCUUCCUGGUGUUCCUCGCACCAGUGCCGACGUUCCUUCGCGUGUACCGGAAGAAGUCGACGGAGGGGUUCAGCUCGGUGCCGUACGUGGUGGCUCUGUUCAGCUGCACGCUGUGGAUCCUGUACGCGCUGGUGAAGACCAACUCCAGCCCGCUGCUGACCAUCAACGCCUUCGGCUGCGUGGUGGAGGCCACCUACAUCCUCCUCUACCUCAUCUACGCGCCGCGGGGCGCCAGGCUGAGGACGCUCGCCUCCUUCUUCCUCCUCGACGUGGCGGCCUUCGCGCUCAUCGUCGUCGUCGCCGUCGUGCUCGUCGCGGAGCCGCACCGCGUCAGGGUGCUCGGCAGCAUCUGCCUCGCCUUCUCCAUGGCCGUCUUUGUCGCGCCCCUGAGCGUCAUCUUUGUUGUGAUCAGGACCAAGAGUGCCGAGUUCAUGCCCUUCACCCUCUCCUUCUUCCUCACCCUCAGCGCCGUCGCCUGGUUCUUGUACGGCCUCUUCACCAAGGACCCCUACGUCACGCUCCCGAACGUGGGCGGCUUCUUCUUCGGUUGCAUCCAGAUGGUGCUCUACUGCUGCUACCGCAAGCCCAAGUCGGCGUCGUCCGUGGUCCUGCCCACGACGACGUCCGCCGCCGCCGUGGCGCAGCUGGAGGCGGAGAUGGAGCUGCCCCUCGCCGCCCACCAGGCGGUGGCCGUGCUGCCCACGUGCGCGGCCCCGGUGCUGGCGGAGCUGCAGAAGCUGGAGGAGGCCAUGGGGUCGCCGCGCAAGCUAGGCGGCGUCAAGGCCGUCUGA